AUGUCAUCUUCAUAUGUUGCAAACUCCGAAGUGUCCCAAAUCCCCCAAAUCCCUGAAUGUGGUUGCAAUAAACCAAUGAAGUUGUUUAUAUCCAACUCAAGAAAUAACCCUAAAAGGAGAUAUUGGAAAUGUGCAAAUGUGGAGGCAAGGCGAUGUUGUAGUUUGUUCAUUUGGGAUGAUGAACUUGAUGGUCGACCUCCAUAUGAUCGGAAAAUAACCAUGGAUGCAAGAAAUGUAAUUCUGGAUUCGCACGACGACGCAACAACACACAGUGGGUCAAUAUGUUGCAGCUGCUCAGAGCUUUUGAAGGAUUUGCAUUGCUUUGUUAAAGAACUUCGAGACAGGAGAGGAGAGCAGAUGGAGAUGAAACUGCAAAAUGAAGGGAAAAUAGCUGAUAAACUCAAUCUUCAACAUUUUGACGAAAAGAAACUUCAACAAAUGUACCUAUGUCAUAAGUUGUAUUUGAAAAAACGAUUGCUCCAGAAAAAAAAGAUCAGGAAAUUUUAUAGCUACGAAGAAUUUUGUAAACAGUUGGUAGAAGUGUGUAAUCUUCGAGCAAAAUACGGACUUGAUCCACCAAAGGAACCUGCCAAGGAGCUCAUUCAAAGUGCUCCAGUCAAUACUGGUGUUGAUGCAAGAAAAAGUUACCAUGCAUCUGUUUACAGAGCCUCUCUCCAAAAUGAUGCAUCCAGGAGGAGUAAUAAACACAGUAAGGUGUCGGGAAUAGCGAAGGGAAAGGGUGAAGCUGGCGAGGGUGGUUCUAGACAACGUUGUGUGCAAGAGGUUACCAGUUCUACGAUCAACGACAGGCUCUCCGUGGAGGUGGAAGUGUGUAAUCUUCGAGCAAAAUACGGACUUGAUCCACCAAAGGAACCUGCCAAGGAGCUCAUUCAAAGUGCUCCAGUCAAUACUGGUGUUGAUGCAAGAAAAAGUUACCAUGCAUCUGUUUACAGAGCCUCUCUCCAAAAUGAUGCAUCCAGGAGGAGUAAUAAACACAGUAAGGUGUCGGGAAUAGCGAAGGGAAAGGGUGAAGCUGGCGAGGGUGGUUCUAGACAACGUUGUGUGCAAGAGGUUACCAGUUCUACGAUCAACGACAGGCUCUCCGUGGAGGUGGAAGUGUGUAAUCUUCGAGCAAAAUACAGACUUGAUCCACUAAAGGAACCUGCCAAGGAGCUCAUUCAAAGUGCUCCAGUCAAUACUGGUGUCGAUUCAAGAAAAAGCUACCAUGCAUCUGUUUACAGGGCCUCUCUCCAAUCAUCUGCAUCCAGGAGGUAA